AUGGAGGCCGAGAACAACUCUCAACUGCAUGAGAUAAACCAUGUGCAAUCCCACAACUGCCAAUCCGAUGAAACAAUACAGCAGCCGUCCCAAGACAAUGGGCCAAUCCCAAAUGCUCCCCAGCAGUUUUCCCUAACAGGCUCAAACCGCCCUCCGCCGUACCAAGGCGGCGUCUACCUGCACCCUGAUUACAUGCACUACAACCCCCGUUAUGGCCAGCCGCAAAACGCCCCAAUCUGGAGUCUGGCACAACCGUUGCCUCAUGUUAUGCGAUCCGGGAUGAGGAACGGGGACGAUCAAGACACAGAAGCCAAGACCAAACGACCCAACGCACACCAAGAAAAAGUCCCCGCGGCCGACGAACCACCAACCGAGCACCCGCCUCACAAUGGCGACCUCAAAGCAGAAGAAAAGGAACACCCCGAAGCCCGAGUCGCCCAACCGGACGAACGCGGCUUCUUCAAUAAAUGGGGAGAGAUCAGACACCGGUUCCGCGAACCGCUGGCCGAGUGGCUCGGCACGACCAUCGCCAUGACGCUCGGCCUCUGCGCAGGCCUGCAGACAUAUACCUCGCAGAACCAGGCGGGGUCGUUCCCGUCGCUCGCGCCAGCGUGGGGGUUCGCGUUCAUGAUCGCCAUCUACAUGGCGGGCGGGGUGUCAGGCGGGCACUUGAACCCAGCGAUCACGAUCAGCAUGGCUGUCUGGCGCGGCUUCCCAGCGAGGAAGUGCACGGUGUACGUCGUGGCGCAGAUUGUCGGCGGUAUUACGGCCGGUGGGAUCGCGUACGCGCUGUACCACGAUGCGAUUGUGGACUCUGCGCUUGCGAACCAUGUCACGCAGGGCGAGUCGCUGGCGAGACAGGCGCUGCUUACCGCGCCGAAGGACUUUGUGCACCCUGUUACGGCGUUUUUUAAUGAGUUUGUUGGGACGGCGAUUCUAGUCGGCACGAUUAUGGCGCUGGGGGAUGAUACCAAUGCGCCGCCGGGGGCGGGCAUGCAGGCGUUUAUCCUGGGGAUAUUGAUUAGCGUGCUUGUUCUCGCGUUGGGGUAUAACACUGGAGGAUGCUUUAAUGGGGCCCGUGACUUUGGUCCGAGAUUGGUUGCGCUCAUGGCCGGUUGGGGAGGCCAGGUGUUCCGAGAGAAAAGUGCCUGGUGGAUAUGGGGCCCUUGGGCUGCGGAUAUCACUGGCGGACUCUGUGGGACGUUCCUCUAUGACCUGGCUAUCUUCACCGGGGCAGAAAGUCCGAUCAACUAUCCGCGCCGACGACGCAAGAGGGCGCUGCUGAUCAAGGAGAAGAAUCUGAUGUAUAAACUUCGUUUUGGGCGGAGGAAGAUUGGGGAUGUAGAGAGAGCUGUUCGCGAGGUUGAGCAGUAG